AUGCAAGCCCAGAUGGACAGACAGUGUUUUGAGCAAGUACAAGAAAUUGCCCUUUCAUUGACAUGGAAAUCAGAAAAACCUGUUUGGGUAGAUCAAUGGCUCCUGAAAAAAGAUAAACUGCUGCAUUUGCAUGACUUAGUAUGAGAACAAUUGGCCGCUGGCCGGAUUGUACCUAAUACCAGCCCGUGGAACACUCCUGUAUUUGUAAUACCAAAGAAAAGUGGCAAGUGGCUAUUGUUACAUGAUCUUUGAGCGAUAAAUGCUGUCAUUGAGCCCAUGGAUGCGCUACAGCCUGGUCUUCUUUCACCUUCUAUGCUGCCUCAAAAUUGGCCAAAAACCAUCAUUGAUCUCAAAGACUGUUUUUUUGCUAUUCCUCUAAGCCCACAGGAUGCGCCCUGGUUUGCAUUCUCUGUACCAUCUGUCAAUCAGGAACAACCGACAAGACGAUAUCAUUGGACUGUGUUGCCACAAGGUAUGCUAAAGAGCCCAACUAUCUGCAAAUUAACUGUAGCAAAUGCUUUGCAACCUGCCCGAAAUGCAAACACUCAUGUUAUAAUUUAUCAUUACAUGGAUGACAUACUUUUCGCCGCCGAAAAGGACAAAGACCUGCAGACAGUCAUCUGCCAAGUCCGUAUUGCUGUCCAAGGAGCAGGCUUGCAGAUAGCCAAGGAAAAGGCCCAACGUGAACCACCCUGGAAAUAUUUAGGAUGGAAAAUUACAACUCACAUCAUCCAGCCACAAGCACUGCAGCUGGCAUUACAAAUAAAGACUCCGAAUGAUUUACAAAAAUUGUUAGGAACCAUCAACUGGCUCAGACCUUUUCUGGGUAUCACUACGCAAGAUCUACACCUCCUGUUUCAAUUGUUAAAAUAUGAUCCUGACUUGGACUCUAAAAGACAGCUGACACCUACUGGACUGCAAUGUCUAACCUUACUUUCUCAUACCCCAGUUUCUAAUGCAGUUACAGCAUUCACAGAUGGUUCUGGGAAAACACAUAGAACAGUGGUCCUUUGGCGAUCCACCGACAAUCUCUGGAACCAAGAUAUAAAAUGUGUCAAUGGAUCGCCCCAAGUUGUUGAGCUUGCAGCUAUCACACAUGCUUUUCAGCUUUUCUCUGAUGUAAAUCUCAAUAUCAUAACUGAUUCUUUAUAUGUUACAGGAAGUGUUCAGCGUCUAGAAGGCACUUUCCUAAAGGAAAACAACUCAGAGUUAUUUGGACAACUUAAAAAAUUAUGGCAUUAUGUUUCCUACCGUAAAUUACCCUAUUAUAUCACUCAUACACGGUCACACACCUCUCUGCCAGGACCCCUAGCCGAGGGCAACCGUGCUGCAGACAAAGCCACAGUCACCCUCGCCACACCAGACAACACUGAAGUGACACGAGUGAAUGGACACUUCGGAGCUUCCUCAAUGUUCAAAACACGGCCAAUGGUCCAUAUUCAUGAUAUGGCCACUGGACAAUGGGAAGGCCCCGUGCCAUUGAUAACUUGGGGGCGAGGAUAUGCUUGUGUUUCCACAGGAAAUGGUCCCAAGUGGAUCUCAGCAAGAUACAUUCGGCCGUACCUAGAAACCCGAGCAUCACGAAAAACCAUCAGAAACAGCUGA